UCCGGCGCAGUUGCAGUUCACGUGCGCUUGUCCUUUCUUGCUUGCGCGGCUCGAAGUCACAGCGCGUAUGGACAGGCAGAGUCAAUAAAACAGACACGUCUAUCUCAAAAUCGCCUGCUAGCAAGCCACAACAAUGCCAGCCUAUUUCCAGAGGCCAGAGAAUGCUCUUAAACGAGCAAACGAGUUUCUUGAAGUUGGUAAAAAGCAGCCAGCUUUGGAUGUGCUCUACGAUGUCAUCAAGAGCAAAAAGCACAGAACAUGGCAGAAGAUCCACGAGCCAAUUAUGCUCAAGUACCUGGAGCUCUGCGUGGACCUUCGCAAGAGCCACUUGGCAAAGGAGGGAUUGUAUCAGUACAAGAACAUAUGUCAACAGGUAAAUAUCAAAUCUCUGGAAGAUGUGGUCCGUGCUUACCUGAAACUUGCGGAAGAGAAGACUGAGACGGCUAAAGAGGAGUCUCAGCAGAUGGUUCUGGAUAUUGAGGAUCUGGACAACAUUCAGACUCCAGAAAGUGUUCUGUUGAGUGCAGUCAGCGGUGAAGACACCCAAGACCGCACUGACAGACUUCUUCUCACGCCUUGGGUCAAGUUUCUGUGGGAGUCGUACCGCCAAUGCCUGGACCUGCUAAGGAAUAACUCCAAAGUAGAGCGCCUUUACCAUGACAUUGCUCAACAAGCGUUUAAGUUUUGCCUGCAGUACACCCGUAAAGCAGAGUUCCGUAAGCUGUGUGACAACCUGCGAAUGCAUCUGGGGCAGAUCCAGCGACAUCACAACCAGAGCACUGCCAUCAACCUGAACAAUCCUGAGAGCCAGUCCAUGCAUCUCGAGACACGCCUGGUCCAGUUGGACAGCGCUAUUAGCAUGGAGCUGUGGCAGGAAGCAUUUAAAGCCGUUGAAGACAUCCAUGGAUUGUUUGCCCUCUCAAAGAAGCCCCCUAAGCCCCAACUUAUGGCGAACUACUAUAAUAAGGUGUCCACUGUAUUCUGGAAGUCUGGCAAUGCCUUAUUCCAUGCCUGUACCCUGCACAGACUCUAUCACCUCUCCAGGGAAAUGCGCAAGAAUCUCACCCAGGACGAGAUGCAGAGAAUGUCCACUCGAGUGCUCUUGGCCACUCUGUCUAUUCCCAUCACCCCUGAGCGCACUGAUAUUGCACGUCUGUUGGACAUGGAUGGGAUCAUGGUGGAGAAACACCGCAGACUGGCAACUCUACUUGGUCUUCAGUCACCACCCACCCGCCAGAGUCUCAUCAAUGACAUGGUGAGGUUCAACCUGCUUCAAUAUGUUGUCCCUGAAGUCAAAGAGCUGUACAACUGGUUGGAGGUGGACUUCCACCCUCUUAAACUUUGUGGAAGAGUGACUAAGGUGCUGAACUGGGUAAUGGACCAAACUGAGAAGGAUUCAGACCUGCAGCAUUAUGUUCCUCACUUGCAGAACAACACCAUCCUCAGACUGCUACAGCAGGUGGCUCAGAUCUACCAGAGCAUUGAGUUCAGCAGGUUGGCAUCUCUGGUACCAUUUGUUGAUACUUUCCAACUGGAGCGCUCCAUUGUAGAUGCAGCACGUCACUGUGACCUUCAGGUGCGCAUUGAUCAUACAUCUCGCACACUGAGUUUUGGCUCAGAUCUGAACUACUCUACGAAAGAGGAUGCCCCUGUCGGUCCAUUCCUACAGAACAUGCCUUCUGCACAGAUACGGAAUCAGCUCACUGCCAUGUCCUCCUCCUUGGCUAAAGCCAUCCAAGUCAUAAAACCUGCCUCCAUACUGCAGGAACAUGAGGAACAGAGUCAACAGGCCAUCACAGCCUACUUGAAGAACUCCCGCAAGGAGCAUCAGCGCAUCCUUGCUCGCCGGCAAACCAUUGAAGAGCGCAAGGAGCGUCUGGAGAGCCUCAACAUCCAGAGGGAAAAAGAGGAGCUCGAGCAGCGGGAGGCAGAGCUUCAGAAGGUGCGCAAGGCCGAGGAGGAGCGUCUCAGACAGGAGGCCAAAGAGCGAGAAAAGGAGCGCAUCAUGCAAGAACACGAGCAGAUCAAGAAGAAGACCGUGCGUGAGCGACUGGAGCAGAUCAAGAAGACUGAGCUGGGAGCCAAGGCCUUCAAAGACAUUGAUAUUGAGGAUCUGGAGGAACUGGACCCUGACUUCAUCAUGGCCAAACAGGUAGAACAACUGGAAAAGGAAAAGAAAGAGCUUCAGGAGCGUCUGAAGAACCAAGAAAAGAAGAUCGACUACUUUGAGAGGGCCCAACGCCUUGAGGAGAUUCCUCUGAUCAAGAAGGCCUACGAGGAGCAGCGCAUCAAAGACAUGGAGUUAUGGGAGCUGCAGGAGGAAGAGAGGAUCAGCAAUAUGAAGAUGGAGCGUGAAAAGGCACUAGAACACAAACAGAGAAUGUCCAGGAUGAUGGAGGACAAGGAGAACUUCCUGUCCAAAAUAAAAGCAGCUCGAAGCUUCAUCUAUGAGGAAAAACUCAAGCAGUUCGAAGAACGCUUAGUUGAGGAGAGGAAGAGGCGUCUUGAGGAUCGAAAGAAGCAGCGCAAAGAGGACAGACGAAAGGCCUUCUAUUGCCAGAAGGAAGAGGAGGCUCAGAGAAUUCACGAAGAACAGCUGAAGAAAGAGCGGGAGGAGCGCGAGCGCAUAGAACAGGAGCAAAGAGAGGAGGAAGAACGAGAAUACCAGGAGCGUUUACGCAAGCUGGAGGAACAGGAAAGAAAGCAGCGUGCCCGACAACAGGAAAUUGAGGAGCGUGAACGCCGUAAAGAGGAGGAAAGGAAGGCACCAGAAGAAAAACCCAGCAAGGACUGGAGUGAACGGGAGGAAGGCGGCUGGAGGAAGCGUGGUGAAGGAGAAUCAGAAUGGCGGCGUCCUGUUGCUGAAAAGGACUGGCGUCAGGAAGGGCGUGAAGACAAUGAUCGGGAAGACCGUGACCGAGAAACGCCCUUCAGAAGAGGAGGAGACAGUUCUCGUCGUGGUGGUUCAGAUGACAGAGGACUCCGGCGUGGCUUUGACGAAGAUCGAGGUCCACGAAGAGGAGGUGACGAUGACCGUGGACCUAGACGGGGCUUUGAUGAUGACCGUGGGCCCAGACGGGGCUUUGAUGAUGACCGAAGUCUCAGGAGAGCUGAUGAUGACCGCGGACCAAGACGUGGAAUGGACGAAGACCGUGGCCCUAAACGAGGUGAUGAUGACCGUGGUCCAAGAAGAGGUUUUGAUGAUGACCGUGGCCUCCGUCGUGGCAUAGAUGAACCCAGAGGACCUCGACGUGGGGCAGAUGAUGACUGGGGCCCCAGAAGAGGAGGGGAUGAUGAGAGGGGAUCCCGCAGAGGUAUGGAUGAAUCUGGCCCACGUCGUGGAGAUGACGCUAGACCUUGGAAGCCCCUGGGGAGACCAGGUGUGAGCUUAAGUGGUGGAUGGAGAGAGAGAGAGAAGGCUCGGGAGGAAAGCUGGGGACCUCCUCGUGAUGGUGGUCGUGAAGAUGAUGAUGGUGAGCGUGAAGAAGAUGACCGUCACGAGGGAGAUCGAUUCAGAGAUCGCCGCCCUCCUAGGGAAGAGGGGAGUGGAUGGAGAAGGGGUGGUGCUGAGGAGCCCAACAGUUGGCGAGACUCUCGUCGUGAAGACUUUGACCGUGAGGAUCGCCGUGACCGUCGUGACAUAAGAGACCGCAGAGAUGACCGUGAUCGUGACCAGAGAGGCCCUCCAAAAGACAAUGAUGAAGGUGGUUCAUGGCGUCGUGGUGAUGACCGACGUGAUGAGCGCAAGGAUGAAAGAGACAUUCCUCCAAAACCACGUGACAGGGACCGUGAUGUUGGUGAGAAGAGCUCCUGGCGCUCUGAAAAAGAUAAGGAAAUCCAGCGCCGGACCAAGAAUGAGACCGAUGAUGACGGCUGGACCACUGUCCGCCGCUAAAGCAUAAAAUUUCUGCUCAAUGUUGUACUUAGCCUUGAUGUGUUCUCUAUUCAAUAAGAGUUGCAAGGUGUUGCUGCUUACAUUAACAUGGAAUACAUAAAGCUUUGCCAUAGAUUUACAAAACCUACAACAGGUUUUCGAACAUGGCAAUUUAUAUUUAUGAUCCCUUUUUAAAAACUUCAACUUCCAUUGAAAAGUAGCUCAUUCCUUUUUGUUAUGCAUGCUUAGAGAAUUAAAUUGGUCACACAAAAUUAUGUAGGUUUUUUUUUUUUCUUUGAUGGGCUGCAGAUGUCAUAUCAAGUUCAAAAACAUGAUCAUUAUUACAGACAUGACCUCAGAGGUGUUGUGGUAAGGUUUUGAGAUUAAAUCAGCAGGUUAUCCUUACAGCUGUGUCCAUGCUGUAGUUGCUGCCUAUCCUGUGGUUGUAUGCCCUCUAGAAAUAUGAAAAAUCUUUAUUAAUAAAGUUGUUUGCUGAGA